CACCGUAGGCGCAGCGCUUCCGGUGUGCGGCCGGAUGACGUGGCUGGGGCAGCGGAAACAGCGUCUCGUCGGCAGCGGCUGGGUCGGGUCCGGGUCCGGGUCCGGGCCGGGCAGAGCGAGGGCGGCUCGCGGGUAGCCUGGUGCUUGCGGUGGUGACGCGGAGGAGGCCGGCGGGGAGGAUGGAGCUGCCCAGGCUGCUGCUGUGCGCGGCGUCCGCCGCGCUGCUGCUGUUGCGGGCCCGGGCCGACGAGCACGAGCACACGUACCAAGAUAAAGAAGAAGUCGUUCUUUGGAUGAAUACAGUAGGACCUUACCACAAUCGCCAAGAGACAUACAAAUACUUCUCUCUUCCCUUCUGCGUGGGAUCAAAAAAAAGCAUCAGUCAUUAUCAUGAAACACUAGGAGAAGCACUUCAAGGAGUUGAAUUGGAAUUUAGUGGUCUGGACAUUAAAUUUAAAGAUGAUGUAAUGCAGACCACAUACUGUGAAAUUGACUUGGACAAAGCAAAGAGAGAUGCAUUUGUGUAUGCCAUCAAAAAUCACUAUUGGUAUCAGAUGUAUAUUGAUGACUUGCCAAUAUGGGGUAUUGUUGGUGAAGCAGAUGAAAAUGGGGAAGACUAUUAUCUUUGGACCUACAAAAAACUUGAAAUUGGUUUUAAUGGAAAUAGAAUUGUGGAUGUGAAUCUGACAAGUGAAGGAAAGGUCAAAUUGGUUCCAAAUACCAAAAUCCAAAUGUCAUAUUCAGUGAAAUGGAAAAAAUCAGAUGUGAAGUUUGAAGAUCGAUUUGACAAGUACCUUGACCCAUCUUUCUUUCAACACAGAAUUCACUGGUUUUCAAUUUUCAAUUCCUUCAUGAUGGUCAUCUUUCUGGUGGGUUUAGUGUCUAUGAUAUUAAUGAGAACAUUGCGAAAAGAUUAUGCACGAUAUAGCAAAGAAGAAGAAAUGGAUGAUAUGGACAGAGAUCUGGGUGAUGAAUAUGGGUGGAAACAGGUCCAUGGCGAUGUUUUUAGACCAUCCAGUCAUCCUUUAAUAUUUUCAUCGCUUAUUGGCUCUGGUUGCCAAAUCUUUGCAGUUUCUUUCAUAGUUAUCAUUGUUGCAAUGAUAGAGGAUUUAUACACAGAGCGAGGAUCAAUGCUUAGUACAGCUAUAUUUGUUUAUGCUGCAACAUCCCCAGUGAAUGGAUAUUUUGGAGGAAGCCUUUAUGCUAGACAAGGAGGAAGGCGAUGGAUAAAGCAAAUGUUCAUUGGGGCUUUCCUUAUUCCAGCGAUGGUGUGUGGCACUGCCUUCUUCAUUAACUUCAUUGCCAUCUAUUAUCAUGCUUCACGGGCUAUUCCCUUUGGAACAAUGGUGGCAGUAUGCUGUAUCUGUUUCUUUGUUAUUCUUCCAUUGAACCUUGUUGGUACAAUUCUUGGCCGAAAUCUGUCGGGCCAGCCCAACUUUCCUUGUCGUGUCAAUGCUGUGCCUCGUCCGAUACCGGAGAAAAAAUGGUUCAUGGAACCAGCUGUUAUUGUUUGCCUAGGUGGAAUCCUCCCUUUUGGAUCAAUUUUCAUUGAAAUGUAUUUUAUUUUCACUUCAUUCUGGGCUUACAAGAUCUACUAUGUUUAUGGCUUCAUGAUGUUGGUGCUGGUUAUCCUCUGCAUUGUGACAGUCUGUGUGACCAUUGUAUGUACGUACUUUCUGCUAAAUGCAGAGGAUUAUAGGUGGCAAUGGACGAGCUUUCUUUCUGCUGCAUCCACUGCAAUCUAUGUUUACAUGUAUUCCUUUUACUACUACUUUUUCAAAACAAAAAUGUAUGGCUUGUUUCAAACAUCAUUUUACUUUGGUUAUAUGGCGGUAUUUAGCACAGCCUUGGGGAUAAUGUGUGGAGCGAUUGGUUACAUGGGAACAAGUGCCUUUGUUCGUAAAAUCUACACUAAUGUGAAAAUUGACUAAGGAAAUAAGAAAACUGAACUAUGGAUCAGUUACUGUUUUCAAUGGGGGAUGAACUUGCACAACAAAAAGCGCAAGAAGAGAGUUGGGUUUUAACACUGGGCCUCGCGUGGGUCUCCAUUUUGUGGAUGGCUUAAAGUAACAUCUAUUUUCAUUGAUCCUAGAUUCUUACUGACUGCUUUCUCCAACUGUUCACAGCAAAUGCUUGGAUUAUAUGCAGUAGGCAUUACUACAGUACAUGGCUAAUCUUCCCAAAAAAACCUAGCUCAUUAAAGAUGAAUAGGCUAGCUCUCUUCAGUGAAGAGGACAAACAGUUUAUUUCAAGAAUUUGUUCCAUUCAGUAAAAAGAGGGAAACUUGGCUGCUAAAACUGCUUGAUUAGUAGUCUUCCUGGUACUUAACAUUUCUAAAUUAUCUAAAAAUGCUGUUCCAGAAAGAUUACUUUUCUCGUUUUCACUGCCAUUGUCAGAUAGAAGUAUGUUUUGUAUUUUGACUUUGGGUGCUUCUUUUGGUUCAUUUGCAGUAUCAACUAUCCCUACACCCAUUUGUCUAAAAAAUAAUUUUAAAAAUAUAUUAAACUCACUUGCAUGUAAUAUAUCAGCGAUCAUUCUAGUUGGACCAACUUCCCAUUUAUUUAUCUUUAAAGUAAUAUCCAGCUAAAUCUUAAAACCAUCCAAAGAAGAUACAGUCUGAAGACAGUGCAAUUUACUGUACAGUUAGAAAGCAAAAUGUUAAAUGAAGAGGAUGCUGUUUGUUUUUAUUAAAAGUUUUGAGGUCUAGAUUAAAACAAAACCAACAUUUUAACUGAAUGUCUAAAGUGAUUCUCCUUUUUUUUCAAAGUUAGUCUUUUUUUUGGUUUGGGUUUGAAUGAAGGCUUUCCUUAAGACAUUAUAAAGUGGUAAUAAGUGUAUAUAACAUUAAAUAAUGUAACUUAGGUGUAGAUCCCAAAUGUAUUUGGAUGUACAGAUUUACUACAGAGUACUUUUUUCUGAUGAUUCGGUGUACAAAUGUGUGAAUUUGGGUGGCUUUUUACAUCUUGCCUGCCAUUGCAUGAAACGUUGGGGUUUCCUCACAAUGUGUGUAUGUCCUACUUUCUGGUCUGUUUCCUUUCUGAAGGUCUUACAGGAGUUACGUUUGUAAUUUAGAACAUUUUAAUUUUUGUUUAAUCCUAUCUGGACACUUGUGUAACAUCUAAAGCACAGUUGCUUUAGAGUGUUCAGAAAACUAAAAUAAACUUUUCAGACAAAAAUGUUCUGAUUGUGAAAAUAGAUGAAUUUGCAGUUGAAAAUGUCUGUUUAAAAAGGCAAGGCUAUUGAAUGCCACUUUCUGUAUACAGUAUUACAUUGCUUUUCAAAUAUCGAAAACCCACGCUUCAAAGUCUGAGAAAGUUUGCCUACAUCCAGGCUAUACAGUACAGUUCCAAAGAUGGCCAGCUGAGAAAGAUCCUUCUUGACUGAAAUGUUUAUGGGGAAAUCUGUUGAUUCAAUUAGUAUACUGGGGAGAAGAAAUGAGGAGCACUAAUAUAAACGGGCAAAUAAAGGUUAAGAUUUUCUAAGACAAA